GAGCUAAAUCCCCAGCCCUCUAGCUGGCUUUUAAAUAACUCUCCCUCAGGCGUCCUGGAACUUCUUCCUCUGGUACCAGUUAUUUUUUAUGUAUUCAUUCAACAAACGGCAUUUAUCAUAUGCAGGCCUUUGGCUGGACACAAGCCAAAGAAGACAACUCCGACAAGAUCCCAAAUCGGCUGAACUACAGGAGCUGGAACACAGUGCGACCCGAGCCCCUCCAGAGAAGUCUAGUCAAGGAGAACUACCAGCAGAUGAAGGCGCUGGUGAGUCAGCUCCGGGAACGCGCUGAGCUUGUGCAGCGAGGUGGCAGUGAAAAAGCCCGAACACUUCAUAUGUCGAGAGGAAAACUGUUGCCCAGAGAAAGAAUCGACAAUCUUAUUGACCCAGGGUCUCCAUUUCUGGAGUUGUCCCAGUUUGCAGGGUACCAGCUGUAUGGCGAUGAAGAAGUCCCUGCGGGUGGCAUCAUCACCGGCAUUGGAAGGGUAUCAGGAGUAGAAUGCAUGAUUGUUGCCAAUGAUGCCACUGUCAAAGGAGGCACUUACUACCCUGUGACUGUGAAAAAACACCUUCGGGCACAAGAAAUUGCGCUGCAGAAUCGGCUCCCCUGCAUCUACCUGGUUGACUCAGGUGGUGCCAACUUACCUCGCCAAGCAGAUGCAUUUCCAGAUCGUGAUCACUUCGGCCGCAUAUUCUAUAAUCAAGCAAUCAUGUCUUCUAAAAAUAUUACACAGGUCGCAGUGGUCAUGGGCUCCUGCACGGCAGGCGGUGCCUACGUGCCCGCGAUGGCCGACGAGAACAUCAUCGUGCGCAAGCAGGGGACCAUUUUCUUGGCAGGACCCCCCCUGGUUAAAGCAGCCACCGGUGAGGAGGUAUCUGCUGAGGAGCUUGGAGGUGCUGAUCUGCACUGCAGGAAGUCCGGGGUCACUGACCACUAUGCUUUGGAUGACCAUCAUGCCCUCCACUUAGCAAGAAAGAUUGUACGGGGUCUGAAUUACCAGAAGAAAUUGGAUGUUACCGUGGAGCCUUCUGAAGAGCCUUUGUUCCCCGCUGAUGAACUGUACGGAAUAGUUGGUGCUAACCUGAAGAGGAGCUUUGACGUCCGAGAGGUCAUUGCUAGAAUCGUGGAUGGAAGUAGAUUCAAUGAGUUCAAAGCCUUUUAUGGAGAUACAUUAGUCACAGGAUUUGCUCGAAUAUUUGGAUAUCUGGUAGGUGUCAUCGGAAACAAUGGAGUUCUGUUUUCUGAAUCUGCAAAAAAGGGUGCUCACUUCAUCCAGCUGUGCUGCCAAAGAAAUAUUCCUCUGCUGUUCCUUCAGAAUAUUACUGGAUUCAUGGUUGGUAAAGACUAUGAGGCUGAAGGAAUUGCCAAAGAUGGUGCCAAGAUGGUGGCUGCUGUAGCUUGUGCCAAAGUACCUAAGAUAACCGUCAUCAUUGGGGGGUCCUAUGGGGCUGGAAACUAUGGGAUGUGUGGCAGAGCUUACAGCCCAAGAUUUCUCUACAUGUGGCCAAAUGCUCGCAUCUCAGUGAUGGGAGGAGAGCAGGCAGCCAACGUGUUAGCCACCAUAGCCAAGGACCAAAGAGCACGGGAGGGGAAACAGUUCUCCAGUGCUGAAGAGGCAGCUUUGAAAGAACCCAUCAUUAAGAGGUUCGAAGAGGAAGGAAACCCUUACUAUUCCAGUGCAAGGCUGUGGGAUGAUGGCAUCAUUGAUCCGGCGGACACCAGACUGGUCCUGGGUCUCAGUAUUAGUGCAGCACUCAAUGCACCGAUCCAGAAGACUAACUUUGGCAUCUUGAGGAUGUAACUGGAAUCGGACAUGUACCAAAAACUAACACAUGUGAUAGCCUUAAAGUUUUAGGGUUUGUUUUUUUUUAACGUGUGGCUGUUACAAUACUUUUUUUUGCUAAACACAGUGCAUUGUACUUUUCAACCUUAAAAAAGUCAUAGAGUGUGUUUAUUUGAUAAGCAUCAGUUCCUUUUAAAUUUUCUUAGAGAAAUUUCUUUAUGGCUCAGUUUUACUAACUAUGAAAUAAAGAAAAUUUUUACCAUUAUUGUUUUUAUCCCAUAAGAAGUAUGAAGAAUCCUAUAAUCUGUAAAUUCCUGCUAUUAUUGAGAUCAUUAAUAUAAAGUUGUAUUUCUACUGAAAUGUUCGUUUUGCUUCAUGAUAUUUUGACACUUAUUUUUGAGAAUCAUCUAUUACUUUUCCCUUGAGCCACUUUCCGCUUCCCAUGGCAUUGAAACAGCUUGGCCUCUCUUUUCUACCCAUUCUCUCCUCCCUCCAGCCCCCUCUGGCGUCCACGGCCAGCAGUCGUCCCCAGGGUCGCCAUCAGUGUCUGAUGUCCCUGCUGUGAAAGCCAGUCGGGCCAUCCCUGACCUUCGCAGAGGGAGGUCAAGGGCAUUCUGAUCAUCGGCACUGUGUCUUGAUUUUCACUGGUAAACAUGAGCACAUUU